CUCAUUAUGAAUCAUUCAGCAUCUACUCGCAAACCAGUAUGUAAGGUAUGUACUGUAGUUAUGUGCUAGGAUGUUAAGACUAGUUAAUAGCGAUGAAGGUCUAUAGUUUUGAAAUGGUUAAUCUGGACUAUUUUGUUUCACAACAUGGCCUCUUACAUAACAGCACGCAAUGAACACUUUGGUUCAAUAUGAACUUGAAUUACAUGCCAGAUAUUUUAUGCAGUACAAACUUAUCCAGCAAGUCUACAGGCUAGCACAUACCGUGUCCACAGCGCUCCCACUAUCAUGGGCAGUCUGCGCUAUUUUUGAGCCUGGCCCUCAGCACAAUGUUCAGCUGCAACCUGAGCCAUCGUGUGCAGUCACGUCGUGUGUGGGGUAUCAGUGGACUGCCUCUGUGUUUCUCUCUCACACACACACAGUGCACUGGGAUGUCGGCAGAGGAGCCCGGACUGUCUGCGGCCUCCCGCUGCAUGGAGACCACUACUCUUCAUGUCUGGCCACGGGACGAAGGAGAGGAAGAGGACGGAAGAGAUGAGGAGCAUUAUGAGGAGACAAAAGAGCCUGAAAGAAGUUCCAGCGAUGAAUCUGAGGAGUCUGAAGCUGAGCCUCCAUCAGCCUCAGCGGUGCGGCGCAAGGUUUCUUUCGCAGAUGCCUUCGGCCUGGACCUGGUGAAGGUCAAAGAGUUUGACAGCAGAUCUGAAACUGGGCCUAAGACAGGAGAGGAGUAUUACAUAUCCUGUCUCUUCACUGUGCCGUCCUCAGAAGAGGAGCUUUUAUCCUUACUUCAGCAGACCAAGCUGGAGGUGGAGAGCAUUGAGCUCCUGCCCGGUUCCACCACCAUCCGGGGCAUCGUCCGCGUGCUCAACCUGGCCUACCACAAGACCAUCUACGUUAGAACCACGCUAGAUGGCUGGCAAAGCCACUUUGACCUGCUAGCCGAAUACCUGCCUGGCUCCAGCGAUGGACAGACAGACCGCUUCACCUUUAAGCUCAUCCUGGUGCCCCCCUUCCCGGCGGAGGGCACUCGAGUGGAGUUCUGCCUCCGCUAUGAGUCCAAAAACGGAACCUUCUGGUCCAGCAAUGGAGGCAUGAACUAUGUGCUCUUCUGCCAUCACAGAGGAAGGAGGGAGCUGAGAGAGAGUGAGGGGGAGAAAGAGAGGGAGACAGAAGACAGCAAUCAGAAGGGGAAGAAGAGCUGCUUAAAAGCCAGCAGAAAGUGGAGCAAUGCUGAUCUGAAGUCCAAAGGCAUGAGCAGUGAUCUCUCAGAUCCAGAGUCAUGUAGGUCAGAGGAGAGUGAGAAAGAGAGAAUCCAGCAGAAAGCAGAGAGCCGGUCCAGCCAGCCCCCGGAGGAGUGCCGCAAAACUUUGGUGGAAAGGCGCAACAGACGGAGAGCAGCUCGGUUGGCACGGGUGCAAGACUACUUUUCUCAGAGGGAGCCAGAAGCUCAGCUGGGACAUCAUCCCCGCAGGGAGACAACAGUGGUGGAGAUGCCUGCCUUACAGCUUAGUACUCCAAUAGACUUAGAUUCCUCUGGGGUAUUUCAAGUGAAUAAUAAAAAGGAUAUGGAUACACCACCAAUCCUAACCUACCACCAGAUUCCUUUACUUUCACUGGACUGGGGCAAAUCUAUAGAUCCUUCCUCCCAUCCACACAAUGCUGAGAUCAGUAGUGGAAAAGGCCUAGAUGUCCCUAAAGACCAGCUAACAGUGUCAUCUACUGAUGCCUGGGAAGCAUUUCUCAGUGGAACAGACACGUCAGACACUCAUUCUAAUGCUGUGGACCAAGAGUGUUUGCUUCACACCCCUUCCCUCCCACCACAAACUGAAUGUGACAUGUCCAUCUCCUCUGAGAGGAGGCAAGACUUUGCCCCAAGUAAUACCACAGAAGAGGCAUUGGCUUACAAGCUUGUUGGGAAACCAGGUAUCACAUCUAAAAACUGCAAUGUCUAUGAUUUGGCCAGGUCAGAAACACAGAUCAAAAGCAGUGAAAUAUCAUUCAGUGAAGAUAUGCCCUUGAUAAAGAUAUCCCAACAUAGGAAUGCCAUGGAAUCUCAAAAUUCCCGAGGACAUGAAGUCACUCAUGAAGAAUGUAAAGGCAAAGCAGGAUCCUUAGUCACAGAGGAUGAGGUUAAAGGAGACAUAAAUGAAGUCGCUCACAGCGCCCUGACAUUUACCGAGUUCAGGGAUGAGCCCUUCACAAGCGGACACAUGGGGACAGAGAGGCCUUUAGAAAGACUAACAUCUUUGGAUAAAGAGAAAGAACCAAAGCAAGUGACAGAGAAUAUCAGUGAAAAAGACGAGAAUGCAGAACAAUUGAAAGCAAAGUUUUCCUUCAGUGAGUCUAAUGAAGAGUUGAUGAUUAAUGAGGAACCUUUCCAUUUGGAAGAUCAGAAUGCAGAAAUGAUUUCAGUUAGUAAAAGAUUGUUGUUAGAUCAUAAAGAAUUAGACACAACGACUAAAUGGACUGACAGGGAAGCUUCAAAGCCCCAAGGACAAGAGGAGACGAUGUGUCAAGACCCAGAGAACAAAAGACUUAUGGAAACAACCACGGAGAGAACAUCUGUGGCUCUAUCCAUGACCAGCCAUGCCAGCGAGACAUCUGGGCCAUUCAGCUGGAAAGAAUCUGUGAGGGACAGUGAAACCUUGCUCUUUUCUGAGCCUCAUAAAGACUUUGAAUUUGAUGAGACUGCAGCACAAAUGAGAGUGAAGACGUAUUGGAGCAAGUGUUCUGAAGAUUUGACCGUGGGACAAGAAAGUGGAAAGCAAAGAGAAAAUGAGAAACUUUUCCACUUGGAACACCAGAACACAGAAAGUAUUUCAAUAUCGAUAAGUGAAAACAUGGUGUUAGAUGAAGAAGAAUUACAUGGAAUGACUGACAGGAAAUCUUCAAAGCCAGAAGCACAAGAGGAGGCAAUGUGUCACAAGCCAGAGAAUGAAAGAUCUAUAGAAACAAUCAAGGAGAUACCUUCUAUAGUGGUAGAUAACAACAGAGCUGAUAGACAAAGUGAAGUAAGUUCAACAACCAUUGUGACAAUGCAGAAAGAACCAUAUGAAACAGAUAAAAUAAUGCUUGGAAGGAAGAGUAAAAGUGAUACCUCCAAAGACUUUAUCAUAGGCCAGGAGCCACAUACGACUCACAGAACCACUGACCUCUGUACAGGCUCUUCUACUCUAUCCAUAUCCAGCCAUGCCAGUGACACAUCUGGGCCAUUUGGCUCGAAUGAAUCCAUAAGGGACUGUGAACCCUUGCUCUUGUGUGACCCUCAUAAAGACUUUAAAUUUGGAGAGACUCUUCCCAGACAUGCCAGUGACACAUCUGGGCCACUUGGCUCGACAGAAUCUGUGAGACAGAGUGAACCCUUGCUCUUUUCUGACCCUCAUAAAGGCUUAGAACUUGCAGAGACUCUUCCCAGGCAAGAUGAAGCACAAAUGAAUGUAAAAUCAUCUUGGACUAAUUCUUCCGAAGAGAUGAUUUUGAAAAAAGAAAGUAGAAAGCAAAUUGAGAGUAAGGAACCUUUCCAUUUGAGAGAUCAGAAUGCAAAAAAUACUUCAGUGACUGAAAUAUUGGAGUUAGAUGAAAAAGAAUUAGAUGCAAGCAUGGAAUGUCCUGACAGGGAAGCUUCAAAGUUAAAUAGAGUAGAGGAGGUAAAGUGUAAUAUCACAGAUAAUGAACGACUCAAAGAAAAGGCAGAGAAGAUAUCAUCACCUGCUGCUGUUGAUACCAAUGUAGUUGAUAGAGAAAGUGAAGUAAGUUCAACAACUAUCGUGGUAAUGCAGAAAGAACCGUAUGAAGCAGAUGAAGUAACCCUUGGAAGGAAGAGUAAGAGUGAUACCUGCCAAGAUGUUAUCAUAGGCCAACUACAUAAGACUCACAGAACCACUGACCUCUGUACAGGCUCUCCUACUCUAACCAUAAGCAGCCAUGCCAGUGACACAUCUGGGUCAUUUGGCUCGACAGAAUGCGUAAGGCACAGUGAACCCUUGCUCUUUUCGGGGACUCAUAAAGGCUUUGAAUGUGCAGAGACUCUUCCCAGGCAAGAGCCAAUUGUGGGAAUAGAAAGUGCAAAGCAAAGAGGGAACGAGGAAUCUUUCCAUUUGGAAGAUCAAAAUUUAGAAAUUAUUUCAAUGAGUGAAAGCGUGUUGUUAGACGAAGAAGAUUUAGAUUCAAGGACUGAAUGGCCUGACAGGGAAGCUUCAAAGAAAGAAGGAACAGAUGAGGCAACAUUUCAAAACCCAGAGAACAACAAAAGACUAGAAAAAAACAAGGAGAUUCCAUCUGUAGUGGAAGACGACAGUGAAGUUGAUAGGGAAAGUGAAGUAAGUUCAACAACCAAUGUGACAACCAGGAAAGAACCAUAUGAAGCAGAUGAGGUAACCCUUGGAAGUAAGAGUAAGAGUGAUACCUGCCAAGACUUUAUCAUAGGCCAGGAGCCACAUACGACUCACAGAAUCACUGACCUCUGUACAGGCUCUCCUACUCUAACCAUAUCCAGUCAUGCCAGUGACACAUCUGGACCAUUUAGCUUGACAGAAUCUGUUAGGGACAAUGAACUCCUGCUCUUUUCUGGUCCUCAUAAAGACUUUGGAUUUGAAGAGACUCUUCCCAGGCAAGAUGGAGCACAAAAGAAAUCAAAAACCUCUUGCAGCAAGUCUUCUGAAGAGAUUAUCAUAGGACUAGAAAGUAGAGAACAAGAUGAGGAACCUUUCCAGUUGGGAGACCAGAACUCAGAGGUGAUUACAAUGAGUGAAAACAUGAUGUUGGAUGAAGAAGAAUUAGAUGCAGUGACUGAAUGGUCUGAUUGGAAAGGCGCAAAGCCAGAGAAUGACAGACUCAUAGGAACGAACAAUGAGAUACCAUCUGUAGUGGUAGAAAACAACAUAGCUGAUGAAAAUAAAGUAAGUUCAACAACCAACGUGACAACCCAGGAAGAACCAUAUGAAGUAGACGAGGUUGUGCUUGGGAGAAGAGAGUCAACUGUGGGACUAGAAAGUGGAAAUCGAGGUGGGAAUGAGGAAUCUUUCCAUUUGGAAGACCAGAGCACAGAAAUUAUUUCAAUGAGUGAAAGCACAGUGUUAGAUGAAGAUGAAUUCGAUGCAAGGACGAAUUGGUCUGACAGGGAUGCUUCAAAGCCAGACGGAAAAGAGGAAGCAACUUUUCACAACUUAGAGAACAAAAGACUCAUGGAAAUAACAGAGGAGACUGUAGUGGUAGAUAUUAGUGUCACUGAUGGACAAAGUGAAAUAAGUUCAACAACAAAAGUGACAGCACAGAAAGAACAACAUGAAGCUGAUGAGGCAAUGCUUGGAAAAAAGAGUACGAGUGAUAACUGCAAAGACAUUACAACAGUCCAGGAUUCACAUAAGCCCCACAGAACCAUUGAUAUCUGUGCAUGCACACUUACUCUAUCCAUAACCAGCCAUUCAAGUGACACAGAAUCUGUGAAGGACAGUGAACCCUUGCUCAUUUCUGAUCCUCUUAAAAGCUCAGAAUGUGGAGAAACUUUGAGAAACCCAGCAGCUCAGGACCUGCAGGAGCUCCAGGAUCCAGAUUCUGAGGUCCCCGCCCCAUUGUCCAGUAUGCCCACACCCGCAGUGUGUACAGUGUCCAGUAGGCUCAUGACAUGGUGGGCUGAUUUCUGCUCCCUGGGUCACAUAUCCAAAGCUCUACUGUAUACCGUCUUGUUUGUGAUCUUCAUAACUGUUUAUUUGCAUGACCUGCCAAUCUUCUUGGCUAUCUACCUACUGUCUAUGUGCUGGUGGUGUGGUCAGGGCAUGAACAAGCAUGAAACCACAGCUGACAGUGUGGACUAAUAUGAACAGCAGAAAGUUCUACCAAAAAGACUCUUGAGGCAAGGGUGGAACAAAAAUAUCGAUGUAAUUUUAAAAACACUAAAUGUUGAUGAAAUGUUGUCAGCAGAGUGGGCAUGUAAGUAGUGUUCUUUUAAAAACAGGAAAACGCUAGUGAUUGGUCAGAUGAGAUAUAUGAGAGAACAACAGAGUUUCCUGGUAGAACUUUCACCAAGGCUUCCAUUCUCUUAAGGCCAGGGCACACUCACACAACUUUCUAAAAUAAGAAUAAGAAAGUCAAAAGACAAAUGAAGCAGAGUACUAGAGUAUUCCACUCAGUUUUAGUGUUUGGUAUUUGCUGUUCCAGGUGGUUGGUGUGCACUGGUCUUAAGUGAAAUGAAGAAUUUUAUGGGCCCAUCACAGGUUGUACCAGAUACAUAAAAUGGCAUUUUUUUUUCUUAGUACUGUUGUUUUUAAUAAUAAAAGGAUUUUUUUCUGAUGUAAGAUUAUAAACUUACAAGUGACCUCACAGAUAAACUGUCUUGGGUCUGAGACCAAACUCAUCUGCUACAUCUUUGCAUGUGCCAUUAUUAUAAGGAACCUUAUAUUUAGAUUUACCAGUUAAAAUACACCUUUUGUCAUAUGACUGUGCUUUGCAAAGCAAUGUGAGUCAAAUAAAAACCAUUGAAUCAA